AUGAUAGAUAAGUUGCCAUUAGAGUUACAAGUUGAACUAUUACGACUAGCUCCAAGCUCGUCUCUUAAACAUAUCAAUUCUCAUUUUUACAUUCUUUAUAAUAAUCUUUAUUAUGAUAAGAUUAUAGCAACCUUUGGUGAUGAUAUUUUAAGAGUUCUUAUAAAGAUUUUACCAUGGUUGAAGGAAUAUAUUAAGAGCUUGGAUUCAUUUAGAAGAGUUUCAAGAACCAUAAUUGCAUCAAGGUUACAUUUAGAUGAUGGACCAUCAUCCCAUUCUAUAUCAGAUCAAGAUAAAAAUAAUGAUGAUGAUUCAAAUCCAUUGCAUUCUAUUUAUAUAAAAGAUUCAUGGAAGUACAUCUAUUCCAUAUUAAAAAAUAAAAGAUUAUUUGCUGAAUAUUCAGAUUACAAAAUAGAUGAACCUUCUAAUUAUAUUUAUAAUCAUUUCGUUGAAAUUAAUCGUACUUAUUUAUUAUCAUAUACUAAAACUUUAUGGUUAGCACCAGGAACUUAUAAUUUAAAUAUUGGUUUAGUAGUUAAACAUGGAAGUGGACUUGGAACUACUAAAUUCGAAAUCAAAUAUCAAAGUGAAGAUAGUGAUCCUGUUAUUCAAACUUUUUAUCCUCAAACAAAUAUUAAUGAUAUCUUACCAAAACAACAAUUUUGUCUUUUAAAACUUGGAGAAAUAAAUCUACCUCAAAAGGAAAGUGUUAGAGUAGAAGGUAGUCAAACUGGUUCUCAUAGUAAAUUAUAUAAAGUGGAUUUUGUUAUGGAAGAAAUAGGUCUUUAUUUAAAAUCAGGAUUCAGGAUUUUCUUCAUAGAUAUUGCUCAGCCUUCUAUGCUUUUUAAUGAUUAUGAUUUAUUGUAUUAUACCGCUAAGGAAUCUGAUUACCGAUAUUUUAUAAAUAUUCCCUUAAAGAAUGUUUAUAAAGCAUUAAAUUAUGUUCAAAAUGGUGGUGGAUCACUGAAUAAUUGGAGUUUUCAAAGGGCUAUACAAUCAUAUGGGGAAGGAGAUCCUAAUGAUAUUAGUGAUCAAUUUGAUACAACAUUUUUAUCCAUCUACUCAAACCCAGAUGAUUAUAAUGAUGAAGAUGAAAAGAAGGAGAUUAAAGAAUAUUCAUCAUUUAUCUAUGAUGAAGUUAGUCUUAUGAAAUAUGCUGAUUUCUAUUUCAAUAAUGACUUUAGGAACCUAUAUUUUAAAUUCCAAACCGUAUAUCAAAAGAGGCAAUUCAUUAAUCGAUUUGGAGAUUUCGAAAUAGAUUGGAAGAGUGAUUCUACUUCUACCAAUCAAAUUAAGAAGAAAUUCAAAAGAAUAUGUAGUUAUGAUAAACAAGGAUUAAAAUGGAGAAUUCCUAUAGUUGGUGAACUCUAA